CCGGAAGUAGCAGCCAGUGCGUAUGGGGGAGGUUAAGGAUAGGAAGUGGCCGUUGAUGAUGGAGGCGCUAUUGGCGCGGGCGGUUUUCUACCCGAGUCUGGGUUACAACAUCUUCAUGUCGAAGGUGUGGGGCCGCCAUUGGUAUGACCGCAUCGACCAGACCGUCAUCAUCGGGGCGCUACCCUUCCGCUCGCUCACCAAUGAGUUAAUAAAGAAAGAGAAUGUUCGAGGAGUGAUAACCAUGACUGAAGACUAUGAAACCAAAUUUUUUGUGAAUACAACAAAGGAAUGGGAGUCCUUUGGCGUGGAGCAGUUGCGUCUCAGCACAGUGGAUAUACUUGGAGUGCCAAAAUUAGAAGACCUGAGAAAAGGCGUUGAUUUUCUUACUAAGCAUCGUAAAAAUGGAACCAGUGUCUAUGUGCACUGUAAGGCUGGACGAUCACGCAGUGCCACUAUGGUGGCAGCGUAUUUAAUUCAUCAGCAUCAGUGGACUCCAAAGAAGGCAUGUGAUUAUAUUGCUUCGAUCAGACCUCACAUUAUUAUUCGUAGUGGACAGUUUAAAAUUUUGAAGAGCUAUUAUUGUGAUCUGUUCUCAGAAGAACCAGACAUCCUCUGUGAAGCAAAACGCUCUGCAGCUUUCAAGUAGUUUGGCACAAUAUUUUGUGGACAUAAAUGCUAAUACCCUUAAGUGACUCAAAAGGUUUAGAAUUGAGAAUGAUAACUGGAGAGAAUAUGGUUAAAUUAUCCAUUUUCUGCGAUGAGCAGCUUUCAGUCACCCAGUUGAUGUUUGUUUUUGUUUCUGUAGAAUUAAAUACAAUGUAGAACAGUUGUACUGAUGUAAAUAUUAAUCUGUUUUGAACUUUUGUUGAGAUCUUUGCUAUUUAUAGACUGUUUCAAAGUAACUUACAGACUGAACAGGAUAGUUCUUGCUUUUGAAUAUAAAUACUGGGUACUUAAUGCCCUUUAUUAAUUUCCAGUGUAAUUUAAUGUAAAUCAUUAUUGAGCUGGGUGCCAUUUGUACAUUAAAUGCUGUAUUGCAAUGUUUGCAAGGAGAUAGCUUGUGUCAGUAAAGGAUCUUUUAUGUUUUUGAAAUCAUUUAUUGUUUGAACUAACUUGCCACCUGUCACCUGGAAAAGAACAGUAAAACAACAUUUUUGUCAUUUAUGUGAUUUGUAAGUGUUGGCUGAGUUCUAUUAAUACCAUAAUUCCAUGCUGUCAGCAAGGAGUUUUUAUUCUUGCAGAGAGCUUUGAUGUGACUCCUGCGAAGGGUUUGGGAUUGAAGUAUUACUCCAAAAGUGUACCCAUAAGCAACAUAUAGUUAUGACCUGUAAUAUGUAAAAAUGUAUCUCACUGUGAUGCAAUUAAACAAUUUAAUGUUUGUGAAUCAUUUCA